AUGCUGCGCUCCUCUAUUGCACCAAGUCGGCAACUGCUGUCGCUGCCCGUUCGCCAACGGACCGCGACGCAAUGGCUGUCCAGAGCCGGAGCCAGCAACCGGCUCGCAGGCCAGAGAUUCUUUGCCGAUAUUAAGCCGCCUGCGCCUCCUGCUCCUGCCGCGCCCACACCGGCGUCUCCUGCAUCAGAAACAGUCGUUCCUCCCGAGACGGUGCCCAAACCCAAGCCGGAGACAGCUGAAAAGGGCUCGGUUCCUCCUCCCCCGGCUCCUCCCUCGGCUCCUGUACGCAAGACUGGGCGAUUCCGUCGAUUCCUUCUGUACCUGAUCCUCACUUCCGGCAUUGCGUACGGCGGUGGUGUCUUCCUGGCCUUGAAGUUCGACAACUUCCACGACUUCUUUACGGAGUAUGUUCCUUAUGGCGAGGAGAGUGUGCUCUACUUCGAAGAGCGGGACUUUUACCGUCGGUUUCCCAAUGCGUUGAGCCACCCUAACCGUCUGCCUCCGGCGGCCAAGGAUGGAGGAAACAAGGUCACGAUUCCUAGCAAGAGCGGCCUUUCGUGGAAGGUUGCCAACGAUGAGCCUGUUGGUACCGAUCUCUCACAGAAGGGCCCUCACAUGAGUGCUAUCAAGAAGGCGGAGUUGGAAGACGCCAAGUCUAAGGAGGAGAAGACCGCGACCGUCGCCAAGGCCAAGGAGCAGGCCAAGAAGGAGUCUGCUCCGGAGAAAAAGGAGCCCGCCCCCAAGGAACAGCCUAAAGAGGAGCCCAGGAAACCCGUCCUGUCUCCCAUCACUACCAUUGAACUGCUGAAGAUCCAGGAUGGUGACGAGCCCCUCGUGCAGGAGCUGGUCAAGACCUUCAACGAUAUCAUCACGGUGAUCAGCGCGGAUGAGAGCGCCAACAGGUUCUCGGGCCCGGUCUCCAAGGCCAAGGAAGAGCUCCAGGCGAUCGGUGAGAAGAUCAACAAGAUCGGAGAGGAGGCCCGCAGUGCGGCUCAGGAGGAAAUCAAAAAGGCCCACUCCACCUUCGACGAAUCCGCCCGGGAGCUGAUCCGCCGUUUCGAGGAGACGCGCACCGACGAUGUUGCCCGCUUCCGGGAAGAGUUUGAGGCGGAGCGUGAGAAGCUGGCCCUCUCGUACCAGGAGAAGAUCAAGACCGAGCUUCUGCGUGCCCAGGAGAUCGCGGAACAGCGCCUCCAGAAUGAGCUUGUGGAGCAGGCGAUUGAACUGAACCGCAAGUAUCUCCACGACGUCCAGGACCUGGUCGAAAGAGAGCGUGAGGGACGCCUGAGCAAGCUGGGCGAGCUCACGGCGAACGUCAGCGAGCUUGAGAAGCUAACCACGGACUGGAAGGAGGUCAUCGACGCCAACCUGAAGACCCAGCAACUCCAGGUCGCCGUGGAUGCUGUUCGCAGCGUGCUGGAGCGUGCAGAGACCGCCCGUCCCUUCGUCCGCGAGCUGGUGGCCGUCAAGGAACUGGCUGCUGACGACCCGGUCGUCGACGCCGCCAUUGCCUCCAUCAACCCCACGGCGUACCAGCGCGGCAUCCCCUCCACGCCUCAGGUCAUCGACCGCUUCCGCCGUGUGGCCUCGGAAGUCCGCAAGGCUAGCCUCCUGCCCGAGGACGCCGGUAUCGCAAGCCACGCGGCUAGCUUUGUUCUGAGCAAGGUGAUGUUCAAGAAGGACGGUCUGGCUGACGGAGAUGACGUGGAGAGCGUCCUCCUCCGCACAGAGAGUCUGCUGGAAGAGGGCAACCUCGAUGCAGCUGCCCGUGAGAUGAACGCCCUCCAAGGAUGGGCCAAAAUUCUGAGCAAGGACUGGCUGGCCGAUGUUCGCCGCGUUCUUGAGGUGAAGCAAGCUCUGGAGAACCGCCUUUUCCCUGUAAUCACUGGUCUGUUUUUUCUUUGUUACUUCGCACAGGCUCCUGUUAUUUCUAGGAAAUGUACCUCUAGUUGUACCUCUCUGGCUCUUAGACCAAUGCUAGAUCUUCUUUGUCCGAAUGCGGCGGUAGCCUCGUCCGUGGAUGUUAAACAACCUGUGGGUUCCCAGGCGCAGGUGUCGCGGGCGUUCGCGGCGGAGGAGCCCCUGAUGACAGACGGCCGAGCCAGCGGAGAGCUAGAAGGCAGCACGCUGGGGACUAGCUCUCGCGAUGGAGACAGAGGCGGCGACAGCCAGCGCCACCGGCGGAUGCUGAGCUCUGGUGGUGGCUUUCUCCUCGACUCGUCGUUCCUCCUUCGUUCCGGGUCCAAGUUCGCUCGAUCCGGGUCGAUUCGUAACCCCCGCCGCUUGGAUACCCAGACGGUUGAAAGACGCCCUGCGGUUGUUGUUGAGAAGCACCCUGUCGAGAAGCGUGUGGCCGCACCAGACGGCGAUCUUGUCAUGCCUAAAAAGCGAUCGCAUUUUCCCUGGGGCAGUCGACAGAAACGGGCAGUCGACUCUCCUACGCUACAGGACCCUGCGAGUGCUGCGACGGAUUCUCAGAAUGGGUUGCUGCUUCCAGCCCCAAGAAUGGAGGAGGAGCCAGCGGGGGACAAUCCGUUGCAGGAGGCAGGGCUUCGAGGAGAUAAUGAACCACCGCCGGCGGCGGUAGGGCUUGACAACGACUCCCUACAAAUCGUGAAUCUCGCGUUGAAUCUUAGCGAGUCAAGGAAGAGGACAGCCUCGAGCCGUCCAACCAUCGGCCAGGUCUCGGGAGGGAGAAGAGUAGCCUCUGCGGGUCAGAGUUCUACUUCUUACUCUGAUGUCCACGGGGUUUCGGGGCUGGGGAGCACGACCGGGCCUGCCAUUUUCCAGGCCCGCCACGGCUCGGUAAAUAAGUUACCAGAAUGGGCAUCACCAGGCCCAGAAUUUCGCACCAGCUACACGCCAAAAGACGGAUAUCCACUGCGCGAGUUUCUACCGUCUUACGCUACUGAAGAAGCAGGCUCGCUACCGUAUGCCGUCUCCAGUAGCACGCUGGCUCGUGUUGAGAAAACCCGUCAGUAUUUCGAGCUCCUGUCCGAAUACUUACGCUUGCUUGAUUGCCUGCCCCCUUUGCGUGAUCCUAUGGUAGAGGGUGCAUCGGAAACCUCACCCAGAGUUGAUGAGGACUUGAAACAUAACAGAGUCUAUAAUCCUCUGCAGGCGAUUCGGAAUCGAAAGAUCAGAUUUCGGGAGAAAUGCCCCAUCGACCCAAAUGCGGAUGGUUGGAAUGAUGCCGCCAAAAUCCAUGACUGGAUAGGUGCAAUUGAGCAGCGAUACGGAAAACAGGCCCAUCCGACCACCGAAUGCCUGAAUCUUCCCACCUUCCAGGCGCGCCCGGGCCAGCCUGCAAAACAGAAUGACUUUGAGGAGUUCGACAUGUCGACUGUCUCUCCUUCGGCCAGCUUGAGACGCGCUAGUCACACCAGCAGUGUCAAGGUCUCGAGGCCUCGAUUCGAUUGGAUCAUCUCACCCGCAGAGCUUCUCUGUGACGCUGCCUGGCUGGAAGAAGGGAUCAACAAGACAAAGAUUGUCAAUAAAGAUGGUAUAAAGCUCUAUCCAGAUACAUCCGAGUUGGUCCGUUAUGGUGACCAGGCGGACCCGGACAAUGCUGGUCAGGAAGAUAUUUCGGAAAAUAAGGAUACCACGGUUCCCGAGCCCAGGGAGUCGAUCUCCAGCGCCCGGAAGUACCUGUCGCGUGAAUCAACCCAGACCAGUCGUGGACGUCGCAAACAUCGAUUCAACAGCCCCUCGAGCGAAGAGCAAAGCCGCAGUGACCGCAAGAAAACAAGACGGCCGAAGUGGCAACGACCGAUAAUACGGUCUCACAGCACCUCAAGUGCCUCUUCCGUGGAGGACAGCAAUAUCGAUAAACAUUCUCGCACGAAGAAGCCCGAGAAGCGCCUACCGAUGUUGAACACUUUCACCCACACGAGAGCUGCUCUUUCUACGAGUUCGCAUUUCUCGCCUUUACAGUCCGGUCGCAACUACGGCUGGAUGAGAACAUAUCCUCAAAAGAGAGCCUCUAUCUCCUCCGCGACCAGCAUGGAAGAUAGAAAUAUCCGCCGCAUGUCAUUAGAGGAGAAGGACAGCACAGCCCCCAACUCCCCCGUCCAAGCAGGUCUCUUCCCCAGCAUCGCGGUGAAUCUUGACUCCCCUCCAUCCAGCCGCUCGCCCUCACCAUCCAAGAUGCCGUUCCCCCGGGUGGUCGGCCCACUCCACGAGCGAAACAAGAGCAAACAUCGAAUCAAAGAUCUCCGCGAACGAGCUGGUGAGACCGGUGCGUCUGAGUCGGAUGCGCUGCGCCGAAAAGAGACGCUGGGCCCUUCAGACUUGGCGGAGCGUCCUGGGCAACUUGAACCCAGCCCUCUGCCGGACCGGGUGGCUACUAGCUAUCCCGACGACCAUGCUUUCGAAGGUGUCUCACGUCAAGAAAGUCUCAAGAAUCACAACAAGGCUGGGCACCCAGAGUCAAAACUCCGCGGAAUUUUCAAGAACCGCGGACGCAUUGCCGAGAUUGUUGGUUAUGAAGUCUCCAAAGUGGGAGACCGGAUCCUGAAGAAAGAUGGUUUCCCUACUUCGCGGCGUUCAUCUUCAGCAUCUAGCAGCCUUGAAUCGGAUGAGUGCGACUCGGAUGGCGGUGAGGAGACCAAGAAUGGUGGCAAGUCUGGACCGAGAGCUCUUUUGCGCCGCCUGCCAACCUUCACGGACGACAACAUACGUGUGUCUCGCGCAGGGGCCGAGAAAGGUCCGUCGAAGAACUUCAUCCCGCAUUUGCCAAUCUUUACACCCCAGCGCCCUCUGAACGAGGAGUCCGGUGAAGAACGAGAGCCUUCUUAUCUCGGCGAUCAGCAGGUCAGAGAUGUUUCAUCAACAUCUCGGCCUCUCGGUUCCUCUGGUCUGAUCGGGGUGCAAGGUAAUACGCAUGAGGCUAGAGACGCUGUCGGUAGCCCCCUCCAGCACAAAGGACACGGUAGAAUACAAAAUAUUCCUCACCCUCAGCCUUUCAGUCUCAAUAACCCACCUGUGACUGGACUUGCAAAGCUUGAAGCUUCUGUUGGCGCCGCGGCUUCUGUGAAGAAACGACCCCGGUUGGCCGAGAACACACGGUCCUGGAGCAUCUCGAAUCGCAGUAUAACGACCUUGGCCGAUUAUGGCCUUCCCAGCAGGCGUGAGGUUGGGCGCACCAGGGCGCUUCUCUUAUCAUCCGGUAUCAAAGCCCGAGAGAUUACCCGCCGGGCUGAAUCGUGCAGUGCGCGGAACAAGCUUUUGACCAAGAGCAUUCUUGACAUUAGCAAUGCCAAUCCUAAGGUGUCCCGCAUGCAAGUUUUUGAGCUUGCGGCGGAAGAAAUGCUUCAUCAAUUUGAGACUUCCCGCUCGACGCUCGAGCAGUCCAUGGAUCGGUUCUCAAGCGCAGUGGCCUCGCCACUGCGAGAACAAUUGCAUAGCCUGGAAGAUUUGGUCAACCAAUCGCUAACGCCUCGAGUUCGUGCCGCCGCGUCCGAUGCGGAGAGUCUGAGUCUCCAUCUCAACACGACGAGCACGCUCGCCGUCAAGCAGCUCAGCGACGUUCUCGAACAGGGUGUUCGGAAGCGUAAUCGGCGCUUCCGCUCCGUCCGACACGCUGGCUUCGUCAUGCUCGAGUGGACCCUCGUCGCUGUCCUGUGGUGGGUGUGGCUCCUCGUCAUGGUCUUCAGAGUCCUACGGGCUAUACUCCGAGGUGUUAUCUCCAGUAUCAGGUGGGUAUUAUGGCUUUGACGCUAUGGUUAUACCUAUUCAAAAGACGUCCGAAGUUCCCCUCUUUUACAAGCCAAGAGUACAAGUUUUUCCCUUUUUUUUUUUUUUUCUCUCUCUCUCUCUCUCUUCUUGCGCAUAUACCCUUAGUACGGAUUUUAAUCCAGUGUCUUCUCAAGUGUUUUAAGCCUGACAGCUAUAUCAUUACACUGGAGUUUCUGCCUUUCUGCCGACCUAAACGAAUGUAUAUACCCUAUUCUAAUGUUAAAUAUGUAUAUCCUUGCCACUACCACUAUUUCCAUUGAGGAUAUCCCUGUUGAGACAGUCCUACACUGCCACCACUAAUAUGCAGCAUUAUUCGAAUACAAAGUGAACAAAGAAGAAUCCGUG